GUGCAAGUAUUGAACUUCCGCAGUAAACGUGCCAACACAAACGCGAAAAAUCAAAACAAACGUGGAAAACCAAAACAAAAAUUUCCCGGCAUACGUACCUCGGACUUGCGCUUUCCCCGUUUUCUGAUUCGACCCCACGGUACCGAGGGUUCAUAUUUAUGGCAGGUGAAAGGUGUGGGAAAGCUAAAAAUAAGCAGCCUAAAAAACUUGCGAAAGUGCUUUAUGAUUCCGCACGAGAGACGACGGAACGACCGGACCACGUCAGAGUCAUCAUCAUCCCGGGAGCCUGAGUUUGCGUAGUAUCCGGAAUUUGACUGGCCAACAGCUGACGCCCCUGGCCUUACCUGGAAGAAGGAAAACUGUUUAAAGACACUCGAGAUCUACGACAGAACGUGUGAAUUUGGCGAUUCUCAAUCAGUUCCGGAAGGUGUAGUGAGUGGCAAGAAGAAUGCAGAUCCCGUACAUGAAGGUGGCGAUUUAUUCGCUCACCUUUCUCACGUACGCCUACACCGGUUACGGUUCGAACAUGAUCGCCAAUCUGCGUGAUGCCAUCAUCGCGGCGGAAGCCGUUUUCGGUGACGUCAUGAAGAACGUGUUGCAUGUGGCGAAGAAGUUCAAGGUCGUCCACGAGGUGUUUGAUGCGGCAGUAGAGGAAAACUGUGUAUACAAAUGUCCAGGAGACAUAACACCGGCACGGAAUAAAUUCUACGUCCCGCAGUCGGAUGGUUGCGGGUCGCUAGGAAUGAAGAUCAGCACCGAGUACUUGCCGGCGGUCGAGAUGGAACAGUGCUGUAAUGCGCACGAUAUCUGCUACGAUACGUGCAACAGCGAUAAGGAGCUGUGCGAUCUGGACUUUAAGCGGUGCCUCUACCGGUACUGCGAUGAUUACGAAAAGAACGUUGUCGGUGACAUCGUCGUAAAAGGAUGUAAAGCGGCCGCCAAAAUGCUGUUUACCGGUACACUUACGCUGGGCUGUAAAUCGUACCUCGAUUCGCAGCAGCGCUCCUGCUACUGUCCGCCGGAGAAGGCGGAGAAAUCGGAAAAGUACGCCGGCACUGAACGACCGCAGGGCAACAAGGAGUACAAGGAGAAGGAUAAAGGAAAGGACAAAAACAAAUACGGAUGGAGAGAUCUGUAGACGGCAGGGACCGGGUAGAUCCCUGACACCCCCCAACACACUGGGAACGAGAUCUAGGGGCGCCUUGUGCCAUGGUUUUUACAAUAGACUAGCUGUGAUCAUAUGAUGGGCGACGGUGCUGCUAGUAGAUCUCGGUUCUCCAAUGGUUACCAUGGUAACUAAAAUAGUUUGCAGCUAAUAAAAGACGUGACCUGCCGUUGAGUUUUCGGAGGAAUCGCACGAAAAAUUGAGAAGAAA